AUGAAUCGUUCCCUACUCUUUCCACUCUUCCUCCUCCUCUCAGCCCUCGCCAUCGCCAACCCCCUCCUAGAUAAUCCCAACGCCACUUCCACAGGAUCCAGCACAAAGCAUGAUCCGCUCGACCAGAAGCCCGCCCACGAACGUCGCGGCAUCGCCUACAACGAUGUCAAAUACGCCAAGUACUUCCAGUAUGACCACCACGACCACGUAACCUGGCGCUACAACUGGGAUUCCUCGAGCCUGCCUUCUGAUGCGUGGUUCCGAUAUGUACCCAUGCUGCACAGUCUGAGGGACGAUCAUACAAGCAAGUGGAAAGACAACGCGGAGGCACAGGCGAGGUUGAACUGGGGACAACAAGAGAUGGCGACGUGGUUUCUGGGAUUUAAUGAACCAGAUAACUGCAUUCCUGAUGCAGGCGGCUCCUGUAUCGACGUUCCCACCGCCGUCGCCGGCUGGAAGAAACACAUGCAACCCCUCUCAACCUUCAACAGCAAAAUCUACCUCGGCUCACCAGGCGUCACAAACGCCGCGCCAUCCGACACCCAGGGGCUCGGCUGGCUCGAGAAGUUCUUGGAGACGUGCGACGGAUGUACCGUCGAUUUCAUCAACCUCCACUGGUACGGACGGGCCCGCGACGCCCAAAACUUCAAAGACCACAUCAAUGACGCCCGCAAAUUCGCCAACGGCCUUCCUAUUUGGAUAACCGAAUUCCGCGCUGAUGGCACUGACGAUGAAGUCAAAUUAUUUCUAGACGAUGUGAUGCCUUGGAUGGACAACUCACAGGACAUCCAUCGGUACUGCUACUUCAUGGCUCGACCAGGUCCGGGCAUGUUGAUCAAUGAGGCGGGAGAUGGGCUGAGUGAUAUCGGAAAUGAGUACAACCUUUACCACGUACAUCCCGGUUCGGAUGUAAAAGGCGCAAAUGGAGAGAGGUGGUGGGAACAGGAUCGACCAGCUUAA